AUAUCUUAGAAGAAGAGGCAUGAGAUAAGGUAAGGGGAAAGACGCAAGUUCAUUCUUCACACACAAAGACAGAGACUGCAGUGUUAACGAUGCUUUCCCUCUCUCCCAGCGUCACAGCCAACACUCGAAACCUCAAACCCAUAUCUCCCAAUGACCACUUUCUCUGCGCUGCCUCCUCCACCACCCACCGCCGCCACCACAUCCCAAAGCCCAUCUCCGCAGUCCUCAACUCCUCCUCCUUCUCGAGGCCGCCGCCGCCGCAGCAGCAAGUGUACCAGCCCUUCCGCCCACCCCCGGCGCCCCUGCCCUCGCAGUACGGGACACUGGACCUGGCGGGGCGCAUCGAGGUGCUGGCCAACCGACUGGGGCUCUGGUACGAGUACGCGCCCCUCAUCACCUCGCUAAUCCGCGAGGGCUUCUCCCCUCCCACCAUCGAGGAGACCACCGGCAUCUCCGGCGUCGAGCAGAACCGCCUCAUCGUCGGCGCCCAGGUGCGCGAGUCCCUCGUCAGCUCCAACGCCGACCCCGACGUCCUCGAGGCCUUCGAGACCGGCGGCUCCGAGCUCCUCUACGAGAUCCGCCUCCUCAGCGCCUCCCAGCGCGUGGCCGCGGCGCGCUUCCUCGUGAACAACCGGUGCGACGGGAAGGAGGCGCAGGAGCUGGCGCGCGCCAUGAAGGAUUACCCGAGCCGGCGCGGCGAUAAGGGAUGGGAGCGCUUUAAUUACACUCUCCCCGGGGACUGUCUGGCGUUCAUGUACUACCGGCAGAGCAGGGAGCAUCAGAAUCCUUCGGACAAGAGGUCCUCGGCGCUGGAGCAGGCGCUGCGCGUGGCGGAGACGGAGGAGGCGAGGCAGGCGGUGCUGGAGGAGAUUAAGGGAGAGAAGCAGGGGGAGAAGGCGGAGGAGGAGGAGAUUGUGACGCGUGUUCCGGUGGUGAGGCUCAGGAUUGGGGAGGUGGCGGAGGCGAGUUCGGUGGUGGUGUUGCCGGUGUGCAAGGCGGAGGAGAGGGAGAUUUUGGAGGCGCCGUUUGAAUGCAGGAGUAAGGGGGAGUUUGGGGUGGUGAUGGCGGAGAAGGGGUGGGGGAGGUGGGUGGUGUUGCCGGGGUGGGAGCCGGUGGUGGGUUUGGGGGAUGGAGGGGUUGUUGUGUCGUUUGCGGAUGCGAGGGUUUUGCCUUGGAAGGCUAAUAGGUGGUACAAGGAGGAGCCUAUAUUGGUGGUGGCUGAUAGGAGUAAGAGAGAGGUGGGUGCUGAUGAUGCUUUUUAUCUUGUCAAUCUGGAAGGCCAGGGUUUUAAGGUGGAGAGGGGUUUGGCUUUGAAGGAGGGGGGUGUCACUCUCACUUUGGGAAAUGUGGUCUUGGUUGUUAGACCCCCCAAAGAGGAGUAUGAUGAUCAGUUGAGUGACGAUGACUGGGAGUGACCUGCAAUCAAACCACACGGGACAAGGGAAUGAAUGCCUUCUCACAUUUUAUUCUUCUCUGCUUAAUUUAACUCAUUUCCUUGCCUUUCUUUUUUGUAUCAUGCAAACAUAACGAUCUAUUCAUUUCAUUAAGAUGCUAUUUUCUCUUGUAUUCCAUACUUAAUACAACGAUUUAUCCGCUUUUCUAUUCUUUUUA